AAUCGCCUCAAGUCAAACAUGGCUGCCAUGGCGGCCGCCGACGACGCUGUUUGCAUGGAUACGGCGGUUCCUACGAAUCAAGCGCCGGCCAGCCAAGGUAGCGACACAAACGCGGACGACACCGGUCAAGAAGAUGACGACUACUGCUUCCGACUGCCAAGCGGCGGCGACAUCUUCCGCUCUCAGUGCAUCCGAGAGCCCAAAGCUUGGACUCGGUCGGGACACAAGCUCCUGGCUUCGAAGGACCCCGAAGCGGAAGCCACUCAACUGCAAGCCCUGGUGAAGGAGCGGGCGCAGGCUCUCGCUUACGUCGGAGCUUACAAGUUGGCAGACGUGGCUGAAGCAACGUGGCACGAGGAGAAGAUUGUGCUCACCAGACACAAGGGUCACUUCCUCAGCUUCAUGGGCCGGGCAGUAGGGAGACGGACGCUGCUGCAUCCCCUCGAGACUUUGUUUCUCGUUGAGUCGGGCCAGCUGACGCUGAAGCGGGAUGGUGUUCCGGUCAGCCUGCCGGAGGCGUACGAACUGCUCCUGGACGGCAGGGACGACAUGGACCAGUACCGCGUCUAUGCACACCUCCUCAGGGCCGGCUAUGUGGUACUGCUCCCCCGCAGGACCCCAAAGCCGCCUCCCGAGCCUUCUCCGGAGGCCCAGAGUUCGCCGCUCGGCUCUUCUGCCGAAGACAGCAACGACGACGACGACGACGACGACGACGACGUGGUCUGCCUCGAAGACAACGAUUCGGACCUGGACGUGGUGCAGGUGAUCCCGGCCAAGCAGGCCAAGACGGACGCUGCCGAGUUGAACUCUCCCGUGCCCGAUCCAGCCGUCGGCGUGUCCAAAGAAAGCAAGCGUCCGAGACCCGACCCCACUGCCCUCGACUUCCCCGUGCUCGUGGCGGGGCGUCCUCUCAUUCUGCAGCGUCCCCCCAGGCACCUCCUCCCCCGCAACGUGUCCCCCUGUCGUGACUGGUAUCACCUGGACCCCCGACACUGGGAGGGCCCUCCAAGAGACCCCUGGGGAUCCCCGCAGACGGGGCAGCAGGGGUCCUGGCCCGGGAGGGACAACCAGCACUGGGACGGACCUCCCAGGCACCCCUGGGGGUCGCAAGAGGACAACAGGCAGCUGUGGGGGGACUGGAGAGGGGGGGACCGCUGGGAGCGUGGGGGCCGUGGCUGGCGGCGCGUUCCGUGGAACGACAGACGGACGUGGGCCCCGUUUCGAGGUCCCCCUUUUCAGCAGGACAGCAGGGGCACUCCUCGCAGGGCCCCCCGCUUCCCCCGCAGGGGUCACUGGAGGGACAACGGCCAGGCCCCGCCCCAGAGGCCCCACCGGGGCCACCGGCCGGCCCCCCAGGACGACGGCUACCCGAGCGCUCUGCCUCCACUCCCCCAGGGCUCCGCCCACUCCUGGUCCCAGCUCAAGGGGGGCCUGGCAGGGGCACAGCGGACGCGCGCCCUGCUCGGAGGGGAAGGGGCCCUCCUGUGGAGGGGCCCCAUCAAGCCCCUGGUGUUGCCCUCGCGGGACCUCUCCCUUGGCGGCAUUGUGUCCCAGCUGUCGCUGGUGCAAGAGGUGGACCUGGUCAAGUCCUGCCGGCACCUGAGGGUGCCGCAGGCGAGGACGCUCGACGUGUACCUCGCGGCGGUGGGCUUCCGCAAGACCUGCCCCGGACUGCCCGAAUACAGGGUGGCCAUGGUCAGGUGGGACGAAGGGGUGCCCACGCUGCGCGACCUGGUGCGCAGCUCGCUGGGAGACGGGGUGCCCCUGGUGUUCGCCAGCGUGGACACAUCGGGCCAGGUGCAGCUCUUCGCCCUCGAGCCCCUGGUGGCCCCACACUUUGCGCCGGGGCCCUGACAGGACACCCCCGUCGCCACAUCUGCUGCACCGGCUGGCACUUUUACCCUCUGCGGACGUGCAUCCAUCGUUUGUUUUUAAUUCAACUCAUUAAAGAAGAAAGAAACGAACGUGGAGUUCUCUGAUCAACAAUGUACCGUGAUUUCCGGGUACAUUCUCAUAGAAACCCAUGUCAUGGUUUUCUUCUUUUUUUUUUUUUCCGGAUUCUGCAACGCGGCACAGACUCCUGUUUGUUUAUUUGUCCUGCGCAGUAGAUUUGGAGAUUGCCUUUUUUUAGUGCAAACACAAUCUAUGCACCCUAGGAAACCCACAAUUAUAAUUGUGCGUGACCCUUUUCCCUAUUAAAAUGUAACUAAACAUUGCAUUAC